AUUUAAAUUAAUAUUAAAUUUAGAUUAAAAAUUAUACCAAAUUUUUGGAAAUUCAUUCUUCAACAGCUGCUGUAAGACAAAUCCAAAAUCCUUGGGAUGAAAAAUACAAGAUCUAUCAAUCUACAAGCUCAAAAAAGAACAGGAUUUAUUAUGAUCACAAAACCAAGUCAAUAGUCGACAGAAGACUCACCACAUUCGUAGAUAUCAUUAUUCACCACUCAAUUUAUCCUCACAAUUCAAUAAUAUUUCAAAUCCCUUCUUCCACUUCCUCACACCAAAAAAAUCAAUGGAGACUUGGUUCAUUAUCCUCAUCUCCCUCUGCAUCACCACACUCCUCGCCUACCUCCUAAACCCCUCUAAAACCUCCACAAAACGCAGUCUCCCUCCAGGGCCCCCCUCCUAUCCCUUGGUCGGCAACCUCCUAUGGCUCCGCCGGUCCUUCUUCGAUCUCGAACCGACCCUCCGCUCCCUCCACGCCCUCCACGGCCCCCUCAUCACUCUCCGCAUCGGCCCCAAGACCUUAAUCUUCAUCUCCUCCCGCGCCGUCGCCUACCAGGCCCUCGUCGAGGCCAGCGCCGUCUUCGCUGGCCGCCCCGCCGGCCUCCCCACCGCCCGCGUCAUGAACAACAACCCCCAAAACAUCAGCUCCUCCACCUACGGCCCCAACUGGCGCCUCCUCCGCCGCAACCUCACCGCCGGAAUCCUCCACCAGUCGCGCUCCAAGUCCUACUCCGCCGCCCGCGAGCGCGUCGUCCGCCUCCUCAUCCGCCGGCUCUCUUCGGCGGCUGCCGAAGGCGGCGCCGUCCCUGUCGCCGAUCAUUUCCCGUACGCCAUGUUCUACUUGCUUUCUUUGAUGUGCUUUGGCGGGGACGAGCUGGAGGAGAGGAGGAUCAGAGAGAUCGAAGAUGUGCAGCGAAGGAUGCUAUCGAGCAUCAACAGAUUUAACAUACUCAAUUUGUGGCCCAAAUUUGGGAAAAUUUUGUUCCGGAGCCGAUGGAAGGAGCUCUUGGAUCUGUGUGAGAAUCAAAAAGAAGUAUUGCUUCCUCUGAUUAGAGCUCGAAUUAGGGCAAAACAAGAGAUGCAGGGGAAUGAGGAUAUGUUAACAUACGUGGACACGCUGAAGGAUCUCGAACUCCCGGUCGAGAUGAGAAAGCUUGACGAAGGAGAGAUGGUGAGCCUGUGCUCGGAGUUUCUCACCGCCGGCGUGGACACGACGACGGCGGUGUUGCAGUGGAUCAUGGCCAAUUUGGUGAAAUACCCACACAUUCAAAACAAGGUAUUUGCAGAGAUUAAUGGGGUUUUUGAAAAUGGAGAGAGAGAUUGGGUGAGGGAAGAAGAUCUGCAGAAGAUGCCAUAUCUGAAAGCUGUAGUUUUAGAGGGUUUAAGGCGGCACCCUCCUGGUCACCUAUUGGUGCCCCAUUCCGUGACAAAGGAUGUGGAGCUGGGUGGCUACUUCUUGCCCAAAGACACCACAGUGAAUUUCAUGGUGGCGGACAUGGGGUGGGACCCGGAAGUCUGGGAUGAUCCCAUGGCGUUCAAGCCGGAGAGAUUUUUAUCAGACGGCGGCGAUGGAGGUGGAGACGGCGGAGGAGGGGAAUUGUUCGACGUGACGGGGAGCAGGGGGAUAAAGAUGAUGCCGUUUGGGGCGGGGAGGAGGAUAUGUCCAGGUUACGGAUUGGCGAUGCUGCAUUUGGAGUAUAUAGUGGGAAAUUUGGUGUGGGCAUUUGAGUGGGAGGAGGUGGAGGGGGCAGAGGUUGAUCUUUCUGAGAAGCAGGAGUUUGCCAUUGUUAUGAAGAACGCGUUGACUGUCCAUUUGUCUCCAAGGUCCAAAAUGCAUCAUAAUUAAGAUUAUAUAUGUACUUCCGUACAAUUUAAUUUCUAUGUUUUUAAUUUUAUUCCUAUUUUAAUGUUGUCAAUGGUUUGCAUGUUAGAAAAUAAAUAUAAUAUUUUAAAUUAGUUUCAGAA